AGUGCUCGACCAAGUAGUGCCAGCCUAGAACUGAUAUAUCUACGACAGACCCUUGUUCUACUACAAGUCGCAAGUCGUUCAUCACUUUUGGUUAUGGGCCAAAAGUUCAAUGCAGUAUUCGAAGCUAAGAGCACAUGGAGACAGGCCAUCCCCUCAAUAUGCUGCCGUACACACACAAGAUGUAGUCGAUUGCAUCGUUUCGUGCGUGUACGGUGACCGAGGAUAUAACGGCGGGAUUGAAGCUGUGAAAGCCUGUUCGUUGACCUGCUGGACCUGGUACAACGCUUCACAACGCUUCAUCCUGCAAAGGAUCAGCAUUGUCUGCGAGGAGGGCGCCUCCGAUUUCACACGUCUUCUUCGCAAGAAACCAAGUACAUAUGCAUUUAUCACCCAUCUCAAAAUCUCGAAUAGGCCCCCCGGGUCGAACAAGCUGCUUGUCGAUCUAAAGUUACCCUUUAGACCGACACGUUCAGGACAAGGAAUGGUCUUUCCUCGAGCUGCACCUUGGCUCAGUCAUCUCAUUACGGACGUUAUCCGACUGCCACGACUUCGCAAACUUCAUCUCGAUGGGAUGAUCACAAGAAACAUCUUGAACAUUCCUUUUGUCCAAGUAUCGAAGACUCUGCGCAAGCUGAAGUUCCAAAGCAGUAUGGUCUGGUCGCAAGACCUUCACGAUAUCUUUCUCUGUUUCCCUUACGUUGAGCGAUUGGUAUUGCUCGACUCAUCAUUCAACAUUACUGGUACUCAUUCUCAACACGACCGUGCAACUACCUCUCCAUCGAUACAGGCACUUGCGUGCGCAUUCACACCUCGUCUAGGACAAGCAUCGAGCCUACGGAGAUUUAUCUCUUGGCUAUUGUCUGCCAAUAUCACCCACGAUUUGAGACUGUUAUCGGUCGCUGUGGGCGGAAAAGAAGACCUUCUUCAGGCUGCAACAUUGUGCCGAUCAAUUGGUCCUCAACUCCAAUAUUUCGCACUUAGCUUUGCAUUCUAUUAUCUCAAAGAUAUAAUUCAUAUCAGCAAUUUCGAUCUAUCAAAUCUCGUCCGUCUCCGCACGUUACAACUCUUUUUCCCAGCAGAUAGUAUCUGUGCAGAAACAUGCGCCAUCUUAGCCACGAUAUCUUCUGACGUCUUCUCUCAUCUGGAACUCCAUCUUCACAUCUUGACAGAACGCCCGGUGGACGUGUCCCACCUUUCAAUAAUUUCACAGUGCUCAUUUGUCUGUUGCCUCAAGACGCUUCUCAUCAUUGUUCGCAUCGGCAAUGCGCUCUCGAACCCCGAGGCGCUUUUUCAAACAAUGAAGCAUGAUAUCGAAGUUUCGCUAAGUGCUUUACAUCGGAAGGGCAUCGUCAGAGUAAGCAGGACGUCGUAGGAAAUGACGUUCUUCAGCACUUGCCUGGUCACUGGGCAUGGUUUGCACUCGCCAUGUGCACGUAUUUCACAUGGAGACGGCCGGACAUAGAGCUCUAGGGGAUUGGAGGGUGAUCUAAGCCUAAGACAACCUUCGGAUGGGGUGGCGAGAUACUUAGAGUCCUAAUGGAACACAGCAGUCUCUGUAAUGAUGAUGAACGGCGCGGCAUCCGUUUUGUAGGCAUUCAGUUUCAAAAGCCAUGGGUGGAAGAUAGAAACGCUUGUACAAUUGCCAACACUAUUAUAAGUCAAACAUCUUUCGACCGAUAGACCUCAGUUCCCUUUGGGGAA